CCGUAAGUGAAGGGCGGAAGCAGCCUGCGAGACCAGCCGUAAACGGCUCCCUCGCGCCACUUCCGGCCGGCUUCCGCAGACGGGGCUGGUGGGCGAUCGUGAGGCGCCGGAGGACGUUCCCUGCGGCCGGAGCCAUGGAGAUGCCGCUGCCGCCCGACGACCAGGAGCUUCGAAAUGUCAUCGACAAACUGGCCCAGUUCGUGGCUCGCAACGGGCCCGAGUUUGAGAAGAUGACGAUGGAGAAGCAGAAGGACAACCCGAAAUUCUCGUUUCUGUUCGGAGGCGAGUUCUACAGUUACUACAAGUGCAAGCUGGCGCUGGAGCAGCAGCAGCUUAUCUGCAAGCAGCAGGCCCCAGAGCUGGAGCCGGCCGCAGCCCUGCCGCCCCUGCCACAGCCCCCGCUGGCCCCUGCAGCACCGAUCCCACCGGCCCAGGGAGCCCCAUCCAUGGACGAGCUCAUCCAGCAGAGCCAGUGGAACCUGCAGCAGCAGGAGCAGCACCUGUUAGCCCUCAGACAGGAACAGGUGACCGCAGCUGUGGCCCAUGCUGUGGAGCAGCAGAUGCAGAAGCUCCUGGAGGAGACCCAGUUGGACAUGAAUGAGUUUGACAACCUGCUGCAACCCAUCAUCGACACGUGUACCAAAGAUGCCAUCUCGGCUGGGAAGAACUGGAUGUUUAGCAAUGCCAAGUCCCCCCCUCACUGUGAGCUGAUGGCGGGCCACCUCCGGAACCGCAUCACAGCCGACGGGGCGCACUUUGAGCUGCGGCUGCACCUCAUCUACCUGAUCAACGAUGUCCUGCACCACUGGGCCCUGACGCGCGGAAGGUCUCUCCCUCACAGCCAGCGCAAGCAGGCCAGGGAGCUGCUGGCCGCCCUGCAGAAAGUCGUGGUGCCCAUCUAUUGCACCAGCUUCUUGGCCGUGGAGGAGGACAAGCAGCAAAAGAUCGCACGGCUCCUGCAGCUCUGGGAGAAAAACGGCUACUUCGACGACUCCAUCAUCCAGCAGCUGCAGAGCCCAGCCCUGGGGCUCGGCCAGUACCAGGCUACGCUCAUCAACGAGUAUUCCUCGGUGGUCCAGCCAGUGCAGCUGGCCUUCCAGCAGCAGAUCCAGACCCUUAAGACGCAGCACGAGGAGUUUGUCAACAGCCUGGCCCAGCAGCAGCAACAACAGCAGCAGCAGCAACAACAAAUUCAAAUGCCACAAAUGGAGGCUGAGGUCAAGGCCACCCCGCCGCCGCCCGCCCCGCCUCCGGCCCCCACGCCUACCCCUGCCAUCCCACCAACCACCCAGCCUGAUGACAGCAAGCCUCCCAUCCAAAUGCCCGGCUCCUCUGAGUAUGAUGCCUCAGGAGGAGUCCAGGAUCCUGCUGCCGCCGGCCCCCGGGGCCCUGGGCCCCACGAUCAAAUCCCACCUAACAAGCCCCCAUGGUUUGACCAGCCUCAUCCUGUUGCUCCUUGGGGCCAACAGCAGCCUCCCGAGCAGCCCCCCUACCCACACCAUCAGGGUGGGCCGCCCCACUGCCCACCCUGGAACAACAGCCACGAGGGCAUGUGGGGCGAGCAGCGUGGGGACCCUGGCUGGAACGGCCAGCGCGACGCACCCUGGAACAGCCAGCCAGACCCCAACUGGAACAGCCAGUUCGAGGGCCCCUGGAACAGCCAGCACGAGCAGCCGCCGUGGGGUGGAGGCCAGCGCGAGCCCCCCUUCCGCAUGCAGCGGCCGCCACACUUCCGAGGGCCCUUCCCGCCCCACCAGCAGCACCCGCAGUUCAACCAGCCGCCGCACCCCCACAACUUCAACCGCUUCCCGCCCCGCUUCAUGCAGGAUGACUUCCCUCCGCGGCACCCCUUCGAGCGGCCACCCUAUCCUCACCGCUUCGACUAUCCCCAGGGGGACUUCCCUGCCGAGAUGGGACCCCCUCACCACCACCCUGGCCACCGCAUGCCUCAUCCUGGGAUCAACGAGCACCCACCCUGGGGUGGGCCCCAGCACCCCGACUUCGGCCCUCCUCCUCAUGGCUUCAACGGGCAGCCCCCCCACAUGCGGCGACAGGGCCCUCCCCACAUCAACCAUGAUGACCCCAGCCUGGUCCCCAACGUGCCCUACUUCGAUCUGCCUGCCGGGCUGAUGGCUCCGCUUGUGAAGCUGGAAGACCAUGAGUACAAGCCUCUGGACCCGAAAGACAUCCGCCUCCCGCCCCCCAUGCCGCCCAGUGAGAGGUUGCUGGCCGCUGUAGAGGCCUUUUACAGCCCCCCGUCCCAUGACAGGCCCAGGAACAGCGAAGGCUGGGAGCAGAAUGGUCUCUAUGAGUUCUUUCGAGCAAAAAUGCGGGCACGGCGGAGGAAGGGCCAGGAGAAGCGCAACAGUGGGCCCUCGCGGUCUCGGAGCCGGUCCAAAAGCCGAGGGCGCUCUUCCUCCCGCUCCAACUCGAGGUCGUCCAAGUCAUCGGGCUCGUACUCCAGGUCCCGAUCACGCUCCUGCUCCCGUUCCUAUUCCCGUUCCCGCUCCAGGAGCCGCAGCCGUUCCCGCUCCUCCCGAAGCCGCUCCCGCUCCCGAAGCCGCUCCCGCUCCAAGUCCUACUCCCCCGGAAGGAGACGUCGGUCACGCUCCAGGAGUCCCACCCCGCCUUCCUCGGCUGGUCUGGGUUCUAAUUCAGCACCUCCUAUACCUGAUUCAAGGCUCGGGGAAGAAAACAAAGGACAUCAGAUGCUGGUGAAAAUGGGCUGGAGUGGAUCUGGUGGCCUCGGUGUGAAAGAGCAAGGGAUCCAGGACCCCAUCAAGGGGGGGGACGUCCGAGACAAGUGGGACCAGUACAAGGGUGUGGGCGUGGCCCUGGACGAUCCAUACGAGAACUACCGCCGGAACAAGAGCUACUCCUUCAUCGCCCGCAUGAAGGCCAGGGACGAGUGCAAGUAGGCACUCCGUGGGCAGGAGCCACUCCUCGGCUACCGCGUCGGGCUGUGGGACCUUCCUGGCUUCUUGGCAGUGACAGACGGUAGGGACACCUCGGUUCUCACAGUCUCCACCUCCGGGGGGCGACAGAAGAGAAGGAAGACCACAGCAUGUGCCACCGCGUUGGAGGCCCUGGGCCCUGCCUGCAAACCAGCUCUAAAGUAGAAGCAAGAACCCACCAGAAGGUGCCCCCGGCCAGCACGGCCACGAGCUUACUUCCCCUGACAGAAGUGAGACACGAGACCCUCCACCUCCACCCCUGGAUGAGAAUCCCUGCCACCCGAAGGCACGGCUGUUGCGCACCCCCCGCAGGCUGCUCUGAGCUCCUGCUUAGACCGGUAGGAGCGUGUGGAGCACAGGCCCUGGGCGAGCGCCCCGGCAGCUCAGCCAGGCACUGGUGACAAACAGAAAAACAGACCCUUUCUGAUUGGCAGAGUGACACAGGGCCUUCGUUUUUACUCCAGAUGUUUAGUUUGAGAGAAGGGAAUGUUGAUCUCAGAGGAUCCCAAGGAGAAGUUGCAACCUGAUUCCUCUAAGACCUGCCAGCCCGUAGUUCAGUUACUUUAGUUGUUUGAGUUGAAAUUUUUUUCCCCAAACGUUAGCCGUUGGCUGUCCCUGCAGACACGGGUUCUAAAGAAACUGAUCUGAGGCAUCUUCAGGUCACGGAGCGACGCCCUCCAAGAGCCCGCACCGUUAGCGUCUCUGCCUGUUUUUCACUUAGAGGAACCCGACACCAGCGCUCACGUGGACGGCCCGCACAGACCGGGGUGUGGAGGGCGCCCCCGGCUCUCCCUCGGCCAGCCCAGCACCCAGGGAGGCCAGGCCAGGAGGGCAGACGCCGCCGGGGCCUGCGUGGGGACUGGCUGCGCCUGGCGUCUGUGGGCAGCUCGUGUGGCGCCGUCUCUUUGUACAGAAACAUUUUUGAAAAAUUCUUUUCAAUAAGAUGCAAAGUCCUCUCCAACUUUUCGACCUGAUGUGAUAAAAUAUUUGAUUUUGUUCUAGAUUUCCUGUAGCUGUGAAUUGUUCAAACGUGUCUGAUUCAGGAUAAAACGUAAACACGUGCUGUUAACGAUUUCUUGUGGAUUUUACUGUUUUGCCUUCAAAUAAAAACUUUUUUUAAAGACC